GAUUCCAGCAUGGCGGUGCAACCUAAGCAGAACCUGUCCAUGGACAGUGCUACAGAAACAUCUUUUAUAAACUUUUAUUUCUCUAUGCCCGAGAAACCUGACACCACCUUUCGCAUUUUCGACCGCAACGACUACUACACCGUGCAUGGGAAAGAUGCCAUUUACGCAGCAAAAGAAGUGUUCAAAACAAAUGGAGUCAUCAAAAAUCUUGGAUCAGGGACCAAGAAGCUGGAAAGCGUCAUCCUCAGUAAAAUGAACUUCGAAUCCUUUGUGAGGGAUCUGCUGUUGGUUCGCCAGUACCGUGUUGAGGUCUACAAGAACAGGGCUGGUGGCAAGAGUACCAAAGAGAAUGAUUGGCAAGUGGAGUACAAGGCAUCUCCAGGAAAUCUGUCCCAGUUUGAGGAGAUCCUGUUUGGCGGCGGCGGAGCUCCAGGAGAGGGGGCGGCAGGUGUAGUUGGCGUGCGGAUCGGCAGCGGGCCCGACGGGCAGCGUGUGGUGGGGGUGGGCUACGUGGACUCCACCCUGAGGAAGGUUGGUGUGUGUGAGUUCCCCGACAAUGACCAGUUCUCCAACCUGGAGGCCCUGCUGGUGCAAAUCGGGCCCAAGGAGUGUGUCCUGCCCAUGGGGGACGUCGCGGGAGACACAGGCAAGCUCCGACAGGUUGUCCAGCGAGGAGGUCUCUUGCUGUCAGACAGGAAGAAGUCGGAGUUCACCAUCAAAGACAUGGUGCAGGAUUUAGACCGACUGCUGCGGGCGCGCAAAGGGGAGACCGUCUCCAGCGCUGCCCUACCUGAAAUGGAGAAACAGAUUGCUAUGUCCUGCCUGGCAGCCGUCAUCAAGUACCUGGAGCUCUUGUCCGAUGAGACCAACUUCAACUCCUUCCAGAUGACCACGUUUGAUCUGCAUCAGUACAUGCAUCUGGACAACGCUGCGGUCAAGGCGCUCAACCUUUUCCCUGGAACGGACACGACUGCAAGCUCCCACUCCCUCUCGGGCCUCCUGAACAAGUGCAGGACCCCACAAGGCCAACGGCUGGUCAACCAGUGGAUCAAGCAGCCCCUCAUUGACAAAAUCAAGAUUGAAGAGCGACUGGAUCUUGUGGAGAGCUUUGUGGAGGAUUCGGAGCUGAGGCAGAGCUGUCAGGAGGACUUGCUCCGCCGCUUCCCGGACCUCAACCGGCUGGCCAAGAAGUUCCAGAGGCACAGCGCCACGCUGCAGGACUGCUACCGGGCCUACCAGGCGGUGGGCCAUCUUCCUGGCCUGGUGCUGGCCUUGCAGCGCUACAGUGGGAAGCAUGACGUCCUUUUGAAUGCAGUUUUCGUCACUCCUUUAAAUGACCUUGUGUCUGAUUUCUCCAAGUACCAGGAGAUGAUUGAGACCACACUGGACAUGAACCAGAUUGAGCAUCAUGAGUUUCUGGUGAAACCCUCUUUUGAUCCGACUCUGAGUGAGCUUCGGGAGAGCAUGGACAAGCUGGAGAAGGGCAUGCAGGCUGCUCUAAGCAGUGCUGCCAGAGAGCUGGGUCUAGAUGCGGGAAAGACGAUGAAGUUGGAAUCCAAUGCCCAGAUCGGUUAUUAUUUCAGAGUGACCUGCAAGGAGGAGAAAACUUUGAGGAACAACAAGAAGUUCACCACACUGGAUGUGCAGAAGAAUGGUGUACGCUUCACCAACAGCAAACUAAGCUCUCUGAAUGAGGAGUACACGAAGAGCAGAGAGGAGUAUGAGGAGGCCCAGAACGCCAUUGUCAAAGAAAUCAUCGGUAUCGCAUCAGGUUACAUGGAUCCUUUGCAUACGCUGAAUGAAGUGAUCGCCCAGCUGGACGCGGUGGUGAGCUUUGCGCUGGUGUCCCAUGCGGCCCCGGUGCCGUACGUGCGGCCGCGCGUGCUGGACAAGGGCUCCGGGCGCCUGCUGCUGAAGGGCUCUCGCCACCCCUGUGUGGAGGCCCAGGAUGACGUGGCCUUCAUCCCCAAUGACGUGUCUUUCACCCGCGGCCAGGAGACCUUCCAUAUCAUCACAGGUCCCAACAUGGGAGGCAAGUCCACUUACAUCCGUCAGGUGGGCGUCAUCGUCCUGAUGGCCCAGAUCGGCUGCUUCGUGCCGUGUGACGAGGCAGAGGUGAGCGUGGUGGACUGCGUGCUGGCGCGCGUCGGAGCAGGAGACAGUCAGAUCAAGGGAGUGUCCACCUUCAUGGCUGAGAUGCUCGAAACGGCAGCCAUACUCCGUUCCGCAACAGAAGACUCCCUGGUCAUCAUUGAUGAACUGGGCCGGGGCACUUCCACGUACGAUGGCUUUGGGUUGGCCUGGGCCAUCUCGGAGUACAUUGCCACAGAGCUGCGCUCAUUUUGCCUGUUUGCUACGCACUUCCAUGAGCUGACUGCCUUGGCUCAGCAACUGCCUGCUGUCCACAACCUGCAUGUCACUGCUCUGACCUCCCACAACACCCUCACCAUGCUCUACAGGGUCAAGAAGGGUGUGUGUGAUCAGAGUUUUGGGAUCCAUGUGGCAGAGCUGGCCAAUUUCCCUCCACAUGUGAUCGCCAGUGCCCGGGAGAAGGCCCAGGAGCUGGAGGAGUUCCAGGACCUCUCCCAGGAGACCGACGGGGAAGGGGACGAGCAGGGACCUGAGGCCAAGAGGCGGUGCCUACAAAAACAGGAGGGGGAGCGCCUGAUCGAGGGUUUCCUGGCGAAGGUGAAGGCUCUGCCCCUGGAGGGCUUGACAGAGGCAGCAGUCAAGCAGCGGCUGUGCGAACUGAAAGCUGAGCUCACCACUCACAAAAACACAUUCGUCAACGAGAUAGUGCAGCGAGCUUCUGGCAAGGCAGCCUCCGUUUGAUGAUCCAGGGAAUGUUACAAAAUCAGGGUCUAGUAACUAUAACCCAGCUUAGUUAAGCCAGUGGUAAAUCACCCAUCAGAAGAGACUUGCAGGGUUUGUCUUUCAAUCAAAGCAAAGCCACAGGCCUCUUCUAUUACUAGAUAUACGACUUGCUCAGACUAAUCAUACCCAGUUAAGAGACUAAACCUGCUUCACCAGGUCUUUCUACAGUUACGUUUCUUCAACAUGUACAGCAUUGACUAUAUGGAAUCUACAUUAGAAAUCACAUUAGUCAGUUACAACAGUUAUAUUAGUUUUAGGAAUGUGUGUCAUUUUUCAUGUUUCUGUAUGUCUUUUUUCCACUUUUGAGUAAAUAUAUUCAACAUCA